AAAGUAAUUUUAGGGACUUAAGACUUAUUGAUGUACUGAAAGAGAAAUAAAUUAUUGCUUCUGUGGAAAUAUCAGGCAACACCAACAUAAAAUGUCACACUGUCAAAUAAUUGUCAAAAUAUGUACCAUAGUUGAUAUAGUGGGCCUUUCAUAAAGUACAGCCUUACACCUAAAGAGUUCAUAUUAGUACCUCAAAGAUAAGUAUCUCAGAGGUACACAGUACCCUUUUCUAUCUGCAUACCUGUAUACAUAUUUUGCUACCUUAAACAUAUAAUAUGACUAACACAGAUCUGUUAACUCAUCUGCUCAUGCAAUGAGUUUCUUUGCCACACUACAGAUAUUAAACACAGUGGGCAUUCCCUAAUCCAGAUAAUUUAUGAAAAAAGAGAUGUUUAAGUAAACUCAUAAGUAUGUUAUUAUUGUGUAGACAAAUAGCUGAAUGUAAAAAUUAUUAAAUUGUUAAACAAAUAUUUGUCUUGGUUUAACCAAGUAACACAAGAUUAACUGCAGUAUGUUGGCUGAGACCUUCAUACAAAAUAACAUGCGAUAGAAAUGGGGAAGUCUCUACAAUCGUUGGAUCUGUUGUGCAUUUAAGACAGGAGCACAACACAACCAGCAUCAGUUUCUUCAAUCAGAAACAACAGGAUGACCUGCUACAAGCUCUGCAUUCUCAUCUCUUUGGUGGUCAUUGGCUACUCCUACCCAAUACCGCCAUCUACUGAUAAAGAAGAGGUGACCAUGGCUGAGGUAACAGGACCGCUGAAUGAAGAGAAAUUCUGUGACUUUCCUGAUGUUGCAGCAUACAAAGUGUAUAAGAACUACAAAUGGAAAAAGCACAACCUGACCUACAGAAUUGAGAACUACUCACCUAAACUGUCGAAAGACGAGGUGGAUGAUACAAUUAAAAGAGCUUUGCAGGUGUGGUCAGAUGUUUCUCCCCUCAGAUUCACUCGUAUCUUCAGUGGAACCGCUGAUAUCAUGAUCGGUUUUGCAGUUGGAGACCAUGGUGACGGUAUGACCUUUAAUGGAUCAGGUGGCGAUCUAGCUCACGCAAUUGCGCAGUAUGAAGGUAGUGUUGUCCAUUUUGAUGAUGAUGAGGACUUCACCACAUCGAAUAGUAGGUACAAAUUUUUACAUGUGGCUGCCCAUGAGGUUGGACACACGUUAGGUCUUAAUCAUUCCACCUAUUUAGGUGCAGUGAUGUAUGAACAGUACAUAGACAGAGACACUGAUCUCUUCGCCCUCUCUCAAGAUGACAUUCAUAGCAUCCAGUCUAUUUAUGGUCCUAACCCUGAUAAAAAACCUGUUCCAAAAAAGAUAAAAUGUUCGAGUUUGAUUUCUAUGACAACAAGCUGAUCGGUGUCCUGAACAACAACAAUUUACAGUCCUGUUAAUCUGUUGAGUUUUCACAGCAUGUCAAUGCUCUGUCCGCCCGAAGGAAAUGCAAUUAUUUCAGGUUUUGCUCAAAAUUUGGUUUUUUUGAAGAAACCUACCCAUAUUUAAGAGGUUAUAAAUAGAGAACAAAUGAAGAUAAGAUGAAACAAAUUUUUCACACUUUGUUUGUUUGAAAGCAGAGGGUCUGUUCUUUCAUUUGAUAUAUUUGUAUGUUUAUAUAUUUAUAGAAGAAAAUUUUCCUGGAAGGCAUUUUGUGAAACUUUUUUGAAAAUCACAAAAUAAUG